CCAUUUCAUUGUUGCAUCCUCAGUGGAUUGGGAAGGUGGAAGCAAGUCUCCACCGAACUCAGGAGAACACACCAAGUUAACCUAUCUAAGAAUCAAAGGAUGCGGCUUCUCUCGAAUAUGCUGCUCCUUUGCAGCUUGGCAAUCUUAUCCCACCAUGUCACGUUUGCAAGACCCGCACCCAAAAAAUAUGCUGUAGAUCUAAUGUCUUGGGAUAAUGCCAAACCAGAAGAAAGUAAACACAGGACUACUUAUCAUUAUAAAGACCAUGGAGGAUCGUCAUCUGAUGAAACACUUUGGACAUAUUAUGAUUAUGAAUAUGAAUAUAUGGAUCCUAUGCAAACCUGGUAUUAUAAUGAAGAAACAUCUGAUAGAGAUGUUGGUGAAAAGGUUAGCUGGAAUGGUAAAGAUAAAAAUGGUGGCGGAGGACACAAAAAACAUAAGGAUCAUAAAGGGUCAAAUCAUGGCCACCACCAUUCAAGUGGAAAAAAGGGUAGUCACGAUGGACUAACAGGAGGUUUUCUUGGUGGUAAUGGACUAGUUGGAGGCUUUCUUGGUGGGGAUGGAGUAGCUGGAAGGUUUCUUGGUGGUGAUGAACUAGUGGGUGGAUUUCUUGGUAGUGAAGGACUAUUAGGAGAGCAAUUUGGUGAUGAAGGAAUAGUGGGGGGGGUUCUUGGUGGUGAUGGACUAAUGGAAGGGCAGUUUGAUAGUGGCGUAGUGGGAGGGCUUUAUGAUAUUAAUGGAAAAGGAGGGUCUCUUGGUGCGGGUGGAGAAUUGGGAGAAUUUUACAGUGGGAUUGAUUUAGCUGGAGGGUAUCUUGGUGGUGAUGAACUAAUGGUUGGAUUUAUAGGUGGCGAUGGACUAGUUGGAGGUUUUUCUGGUGGUGAUGGACUAGCACAAGGAUAUCUUGGUGGUAAUGGACAAGCAGGAGGGUAUAUUUUUGAAGGACAAGAGGGAGGAUAUGUUGGUGGUAAUGGAGUAUCAGGAGGGCAACACAGUGGUGGUGGACAAGUGAUAGGACAUCACGGUGGUGGUGGACAAGUGGGAGAACCUCACGGUGAUGGUGGACAAGUGGGAGGAUAUCACGGUAGUGGUGGACAUGUGGGAGGACAUCACGGUAGUGGUGGACAAGUGAUAGGAGAUCACGGUGUUGGUGGACAAGUGGGAGGAUAUCAUGGUGAUGGUGGACAAGUGGGAGGACAUAACAGUGAUGGUGGACAAGUGGGAGGAAAUCAUGGUGGUGGUGGACAAGUGGGAGGACAUCACGGUAGUGGUGGACAUGUGGGAGGAGAUCACGGUGUUGGUGGACAAGUGGAAGGACAUCACGGUGUUGGUGGACACGUGGGAGGAUAUCAUGGUGAUGGUGGACAAGUGGGAGGAUAUCAUGGUGAUGGUGGACAAGUGGGAGGACAGAACAGUGAUGGUGGACAAGUGGGAGGAAAUCAUGGUGGUGGUGGUGGACAAGUGGGAGGACAUUACGGUGAUAGUGGACAAGUGGGCGGAAAUCAUGGUGGUGGUGGACAAGUGGGAGGACAUUAUGGUGAUAGUGGACAAGUGGGAGGACAUUACGGUGAUAGUGGACAAGUGGGAGGACAUUACGGUCAUAGUGGACAAGUGAGAGGACAUUACGGUGAUAGUGGACAAGUGACAGGACAUUACGGUGAUAGUGGAGAAGUGGGAGGACAUUAUGGUGAUAGUGGACAAGUGGGAGGACAUUACGGUGAUAGUGGACAAGUGGGAGGACAUUACGGUGAUAGUGGACAAGUGGGAGGACAUCAUGGUGGUAGAGGACAUGUGGGAGGACAUCAUGGUGGUAGAGGACAUGUGGGAGGACAUCAUGAUGGUGGUGAACAUGUGGGAGGACAACAUGAUGAUGGUGGACAUGUGGGAGGACAUCAUAAUGGUGGUGGACAUGUGGGAGGACAUCAUGGUGGUAGAGGACAUGUGGGAGGACAUCAUGAUGGUGGUGGACAUGUGGGAGGACAUCAUGAUGGUAGUGGACAAGUAGGAGGACAUCACGGUGGUGGUGGAAUAUUGGGAGGGCUUCAUGGUAGUGGUGAUUUGUUGGGAGGAGUUCUUGGGGGUGGUGAAAUACCAGGAGGGCUACUUGGCGCGGAAGGAUCAUUAGGAGGGCUUCUUAGUGAUGAUUUUCUAGAAGGCUUUCUUGGUGAUGAUGGAGGGCUUCUCGGUGGAGAUUUGUUUGGAGACUUUCUCGGUGAAGAUUUGUUUGGAGACUUUCUCGGUGAAGAUUUGUUUGGAAACCUUCUCGGUGGAGAUCUUCUCGGUGGAGAUAUGCUUGGAGAUGUGCUUGGAGGAAUUCUAGGUGAAGAGGGAAUAGUGGGAGAGCUUCUCAGUGGAGAUUUGCUUGGAGACCUUCUCAAUGGAGAUUUGCUUGGAGACCUUCUCAAUGGAGAUUUGCUUGGAGACCUUCUCAAUGGAGAUUUGCUUGGAGACCUUCUCAAUGGAGAUUUGCUUGGAGACCUUCUCAAUGGAGAUUUGCUUGGAGACCUUCUCAAUGGAGAUUUGCUUGGAGGGCUUCUUGAUGGAGAUUUGCUUGGAGAUGUGCUUGGAGGAAUUCUAGGUGAAGAUGGAAUAGUGGGAGGGCUUCUCAGUGGAGAUUUGUUUGGAGAUGUGUUUGGAGGAAUUCUAGGUGAAGAUGGAAUAGUGGGAGGGCUUCUCAGUGGAGAUUUGCUUGGAGACCUUCUCAAUGGAGAUUUACUUGGAGGGCUUCUCGAUGGAGAUUUGCUUGGAGGGCUUCUCGAUGGAGAUUUGCUUGGAGGGCUUCUCGAUGGAGAUUUGCUUGGAGGGCUUCUAGGUGAAGAUGGAAUAGUGGGAGGGCUUCUCAGUGGAGAUUUGCUUGGAGACCUUCUCAAUGGAGAUUUACUUGGAGGGCUUCUCGAUGGAGAUUUGCUUGGAGGGCUUCUAGGUGAAGAUGGAAUAGUGGGAGGGCUUCUCAGUGGAGAUUUGCUUGGAGACCUUCUCAAUGGAGAUUUACUUGGAGGGCUUCUCGAUGGAGAUUUGCUUGGAGGAAUUCUAGGUGAAGAUGGAAUAGUGGGAGGGCUUCUCGGUGGAGAUUUGAUUGGAGAUGUUCUUGGAGGAAUUCUAGGUGAAGAUGGAAUAGUGGGAGGGCUUCUUGGUGGAGAUUUGCUUGGAGACCUUCUCGGUGGAGAUUUGCUUGGAGGGCUUCUCGGUGGAGAUUUGCUUGGAGGGCUUCUUGGUGGAGAUUUGCUUGGAGGGCUUCUCGAUGGAGAUUUGCUAGGAGGGCUUCUCGAUGGAGAUUUGCUAGGAGGACUUCUUGGAGGUAUUGGAUGCAUUGAUAUCAUCUUCCCAUCUAUCAAGUUAACCCCAAUGGAGGGCUGCAUUGGAUUCACACUUGAUGUUUUAACCAGGGUAUCAUCUGGAGCAUCAGGUGGUGAUGCAGUAGCACAAGCAAGCAGUCCUUUAGACAUGGUUUCUUUCAAAAUAGAAAUUGACUUUGAGAUUGAAAUCACUAUAGAGGAUGUAGGUGCCGGUCUUCAACUUAAGGUCGAUAGCUGCCUAAUGAUGUUCGAAGGCAUGACAAUAGAGGGUUUGAUGGUACUUGACAUGGUAGGACCUAUGAUAAAAGGCAUGCUGCCCGGCCUUGUGUGCCCCGUGUUUGAUGUAGCCGUUGGACUUGCAAAUGCAGCCGUUGGCUUGGCAGGUGGUCUGGUGCCUAUGGACUUACUUGGGGGUGAAGGAGGCGGCUUAUUAGGUGGCAUAACAGAUUUGAUCCCAUUAGAUAUUGUAACUGAUUUAGCAGGUAGCAUAACAGAGCUUAUUCCUUUGGAUAUGAUAAAUAAUCUUUUAGACGCUCCUUUGGAUUUAUUAGGUGGUAUAACAGAUUUAGCAGGAGGUCUUUUAGAAACUCCUUUAGAUCUAUUAGGUGGUAUAACAGAUUUAGCAGGAGGUCUUUUAGAAACUCCUUUAGAUCUAUUAGGUGGUAUAACAGAUUUAGCAGGAGGUCUUUUAGAAACUCCUUUUGAUCUAUUAGGUGGUAUAACAGAUUUAGCAGGAGGUCUUUUAGAAACUCCUUUUGAUCUAUUAGGUGGUCUAACAGAUUUAGCAGGAGGUCUUUUAGAAACUCCUUUAGAUCUAUUAGGUGGUAUAACAGAUUUAGCAGGAGGUCUUUUAGAAACUCCUUUUGAUCUAUUAGGUGGUCUAACAGAUUUACCAGGAGGUCUUUUAGAAACUCCUUUUGAUCUAUUAGGUGGUCUAACAGAUUUAGCAGGAGGUCUUUUAGAAACUCCUUUUGAUAUAUUAGGUGGUCUAACAGAUUUACCAGGAGGUCUUUUAGAAGUUCCUUUUGAUAUAUUAGGUGAUCUAACAGAUUUAGCAGAAGAUCUUUUAAAAGCUCCUAUGCAAUUAUUAGGUGAUCUAACAGAUGGUUUACAAUUAGAUGUGUUAGGUGAAUUAUCAGACACAGUUUUAGGUAUCAAUGAUAACAUAUUAAGUAGCAUAUCAGAUGCUCUAGAAGAUAUUCUCUCACUUGAUAUAUUACCGGACCUAGAGGGUAUAAUAGAUGAUGUAAUAGGCGGAGUGUUAGAUGAAGUAGCAGAUAUAACUGAAACUAUGUCUGAAUUAAUAGCUGAUGUUGUAAGCGUGCCAGAAAGCUUGUUAGAAAGCUGGAACACAUAUAGCAGCAGUAAUUCAGAUGAGAAUAAUGAAUCUGGAGCCAAGGGAUGGGGUAGAUUUAAAGGAACUAGAGAAGGUAUCUCAUCAGAAGAAAUAAGAUAUGGUGGACAACAAUCAGAAGAUGUAGAUGGUGAAUAUGGCGGAUUUGGGUUCUGGGGCCAGGGAGGUAGAAACGGAGGAUGGAACAUUGAUAGCAAUAGUAAUUCAAAUGAGAAAUAUGAAUUUGGAGCCAACCAAGCUGGGGGAACCUUCAAUGGAAGAGGUGGAUUUAGAGGAGAUGAACAAGGUAGCAUAUCAGGACAAAUAAGAUAUGGUGGAGAAAAAUCAGGCGGUGUAGUAGGAGGAUUUGGGACCUGGGGCCAGGGGGGUGAAGGUGGCAGUUGGGACGCUAAUGGUAAUGCUAUUUAUGCUGAUGGAUAUCAAUUUGGAGGCAGUAUGGGUGAUGGAAAUGUUAAUGGAUUUGGUGGAACUGGAGGACAAAUAGCAGGAGGUGUAAAUGGCAAAGGAUCUGAGUACUGGGUCCAGGGAGGCUCUGGUGAAUUUGGAGGAGGUAUAGGUGGGCAAUGGAGCUUUGCUGGAGGCCUUGGUGGCGAUGGAAUUAUAUUAAAUGAUUACGAAUUUGGAGCUAGCAAAGAUGGAGGAACUUUCAAUGGAUUUGGAGGACUAAAAGAAACUGGAGAAGGUGGCAGCUUUGGUGGAUUUUUUUCAAGUUUUGGAGGUCAGGAGUUUUCCCAAACAGACUUUACUGAAUCAGGGAUGUCUGAAGGUGGUGGUUCCAUUUUCUGGUAACAGUGGAUGGGGUCUGUAGGGAAGGGAAUGUCAGGCAUGAAAGGUGAAACAUUUACUUGGAGUGAAAGCAUUCCUGUACAAGAGAAAAGUCUGGUCCAA